CCGGGGCUCAAGCUGCGGGACGAGCUUCCCGGCCAGCCAAUAAGGCGCAGACUCCGGGCCGCAGGGGCCUUACGCACGCAGGCUGGGGGUGGGGCCUCCCAGGUCGGCCAAUGGGGAGCCAGCUCUGCGUGGGGGCGGGACCCAGCUGUGGCUCUACGGCCGGGUGCCUGGAAAGCGGCGCUCUUGCUCGGACCUGGCUUUCUACCUUGCGUUUAGGAACAUUUGUGGCUCCGCGGUGCCGGGUCUGUGUGGAGAAGGCAGGGCCCAGCUCGCGCGCCAGCGGAGAGGACCGGGCGGGCCGGCCUGUGUGGGGCCACGCGCAGCGGGCGACAGUGACUUCCGAGCCUGACUACACAGCGCAGGACCAUGGCCCAGGCGGCUCCGGAUUGGCACCUGGGGAGUAACCUCCAGCGAGAGGCCCAGAUUCAGUCUGCAGAGAUCUCCCUUCUGGCCAUCCUGGCUGCUGUUCAGGCUGUGGAGAAGAAGAUAGAAUCUCAGGCUGUCCAGCUUCAAGGCCUGGAAGUGAGAACAGGGAUAGCUGAGAAGAAGCUGGCUGACUAUGAGAAGACAACUGUGGAGUUCAGCAACCAACUAGAGGGCAAGUGGGCCAUCCUGGGGACCCUGCUGCAGGAGUACGGGCUGCUGCAGCGGCGGCUGGAGAACCUGGAGAACCUGCUGCGCAAUGGGAGCUCUUGGAUCCUGCAGCUGCCCCCUGGCAGCAAGGGGGAGGCACCCAAGGUGCCCAUGACAACUGAAGAGAUGGCCAUGUGUUUCUCAGAGCAGCAGAAGGGUACCUUACAAGAGCGGAAGAAGGCGCUCUGCAAGCAAGUGGCAAAGGAAAGCUGCAAGACUCUGGGCUCUCCAGACACCAAACCAGAGCACGUGACCCCAGUGGAGAGGGGAGAUGAGGUGGGCAGCCACAGCCUACCCAGUGCAGAGAGCAGCAAGAGCCCAGGCACUGAAACAGAACAGCUGGGAUCUCCCCCAGGCAGUCUGCCCUGGAUCAAGCAAGAGGAAGAAGAAUGUGGGAGGAACCUGCAGGAGGCGACCACUGCACACCCUGCACUCCCAUGCUCAGCACAGACCUGGCUAGCCAGCAAAGAGAAGAGCAGCCUGGAUGGGGAGUCCGAUGUCCUGAAGCCAGCCUGGGCAGCUGAAGGGGGACCUGGCAAGGAGGACGUGCAGGGAGACGCUUGUGGAGAUCUGCCUCAUGCCACAAGGGAAAAAGAGAUGACCUCCUGCCCUCCAGGUCCCCAGAGCCAGGCUGUCCCAGAGCAGUGCUGGCCCUGUGCUGAGCAUGCCCAGAACUUCAGCAGCAGCCCCAUAACAUGCAGUGCACAGCAGGCGCGCUCACACCACGACCCCCAGCCCUUCACCUGUGUGCCGUGUCCCAAGAGCCUGCCGCAGCAGGCUGCCUUCCCCAGCCACAGCAGUGCUCACACAGCCCAGCGUGCCUACACCUGUGCCCAGUGUGGCAAGAGCUUUGUUCAUCAGUCGACGCUCACCACACACUACCGCACGCACACUGGGGAGAAGCCAUAUGAGUGCGCCGAGUGCGAGAAGCGCUUUGGCCGCCUGUCCACGCUGCUGGAACACCGUCGCACACACACCGGCGAGCGGCCGUUCCCGUGCACGCAGUGCGGUCGAUGUUUCGGCCGUCUGUCCACGCUGGUGGAGCAUCGUCGCACACACACGGGUGAGAAGCCCUUCCCAUGUACGCAGUGUGACAAGCGAUUCACACGCCUGGCCAACCUGACUGUGCACCAGAGCGUGCACUCCGGGGAGCACGCCUUCCAGUGCACCCAGUGUGGCAUGUGCUUUGCACACAAGCCCACCUUUCUGCAGCACCUGCGUGGCCACUCACAGGAGAAGCGCUUUACCUGUGGCCAGUGUGGCAAGAGCUUCAGCUGUCGCUCAUGGCUCAUGCGCCACCAGGGCAGCCAUGCCAGCCAUUCGUCCUCUGCUUGUACAGCUUGGGAGAGAGGCUCUCCAAACCAUGAGCCACCCACAGGCCUCCUUAGAGGUGCACCGUGGGGAAGGUCCCCCAGUGACCCUUCUGUUCCACCCAGAUCCGAGGAUAUUGGAACUGAGUGGGACCACAGGGUGCACCCUGGGGGCAGUCAGCUGAGUGGCAGUGAUCAAGAAGAUUUGCGGGGGUCCCUGCAUAGUUUUCUUUCUAGUGUGAAGAUGGAGAAUGCUGGGUAGCACCCAGAGAGCUCCCUAAGGUGACUACUGAGGACACAGAGGUCCUGAGUGCCCCUUGGAUCCAAGCUACCGCUCUUAAGGGGAGCACGUUUGUUCUGUGGAGUGUACGGUGCUGCCCGGUAGGACUUGCCGGGGGCUGUUCUUCCAGGGACUGAGUAGACAAAGUGCCCAGAAGACUUCUUGCUGCAGGGAGGCUAUGUGAGGGACUGGAGGCAGGGCCCUCUGUGGGGGGGACUGUUUGGGUGGGGAGGGAGUGGAAUUGGAAGACCUGCUUCCAAGGUAGUGCUCAGUGCCUUGUAGGGGAGUGUGGGCUUGCCCUCUCCUGGCAUAGCCCUAGGCUUCCCUGCCCACUAACUGGGCAGAUUCUGACGUGCUUCCUCAGGUGGUGUCCAGGUCUGACCUAGCCUCCCUUUAUAAGCUGGGUCCAAGCGUCUGUCAGGUGCAGAACCAAGAGCCUUGGUGAGUUAUUGCAAAAUUCAUGGGAGUUUUUUGUGGCUCCCAACUUCCUGCUCCCUACAACCUGGAAAGGCAACUUUAUGGGCCAGGAUGGCCCAGAAGGCUGGGCUCUCUGGCUCAGAGCUCAUACGUGACCAUUUUGGCCCCCAUGAGGUACUGUUUGGCUGGUGUAAGGUUUACCUUUAAGCUGUUGCUGGAGCUGGCAGGCAAAGCUCCAACCUGUGCCUCACUGGGGAUGAAUACACAAACCAAGGCCUUGUUCUUCGCUGGGACUAGGAGGGCUAUCUCCCAUCUGUGGCACUGGGGGUAGGGGGGCAUAAAUGCCAGCAUGUGGCAUGGGCAUAGUGAAUGUUGCAGAAGCACUGAAAGUUGGAAGGAAGGAAGGAAGGAGGAAAUUGUAUGUGGUUGGCAGCAGCUGAAGAAUCCCUGGUUAGUCUCCAUCUCAACAAUUUAGGCCAGCAACAUGGGCUUUUCAGAUAGGGCUUUAUGCAUAGCUGGCCAGUUUGGAGUCCUGUCAUUUUGAUAAGGUUCACCCCAACUAUGGGAGAUCUCAGCCCAAACUGGAUUCCAAGAUCCCCUAGGAUUCUGAGCCUUAGCUGUCAGAUUAUCCCCUAAUCCCCAGUACUUGGAAUGUAGGCAUGUGUGUUCCUGAGGACUCACUUUGGGGUGCAUGGGAGCAGAGGUGGUUGAACUCAGGUGAGUGUGGCAGCUCCUGUACUGCUCUCUGGCUUCCAUGUCUCCAUCUAGUGUUGGGCUUUUGGAGAGUUCUAAAUUUACCACAAUUUUAAAACCUCUGUAAAGACAUGUAUAAGGGAUUGUAAGCCCCUCCCCUCCUGACCCUGCUGGACAUCAUUCUUAUUUGUGAUGUUGUAACUCUUUGACUUCGGGUUCUGGUGAGCAGUGGUGAAUUAGUUAUUUUCAACUGUGCUUCUAUUUUGAAGUUCUGAAGAAAAGUCCCAGAUGGACAACAGUCCAGAACAGGGUUCCAAAGGAAGGCAGAGUGGAAGUGGGCCUGGAGGGCAGGUCCUCAGCAUUUAGCCCUGGGUCUGUGCAUGGAAAGCCUUGUGUCUGUGGGGUGAAUGAGUGGACCCACAUGUGGCACGAUGCCCAAUUAUAAUGCUGUGGACCUGAAAUGCAAAGUUUAGCACUGCUUUACCAUUUCCCACCUUGAAUAAUAUUUAUACAUUACUAUGUCAUCAAAUCUAAAAUCCAUUAAUUGUAAGACACACCUUUAUCUUCUGUUUCACUAAGCAGGGAAAAAAGAAAAACUGCACCCAUUUCAUUUUGACUCUGUUACUAAUGCAGGAUGUUAAAUGUGUCCCAUGGGAGACAUGUCCCUAAGUUGGGAAAAAUACAUGUGUGUCAGGUGUCCUUUUAAGAAUUGGUUACUAGCUAGGUGGCUGAAUGUUUGCGACUCGUUUAUUCUUGAUAAUGCUAGAUCAGAAGAUUUAUUUUUAGACAAAGAGCCUAAAUGUAUAAAAGUGAACCAGCAACAGCAUUGGGUUCUGUCAGCAUGGGCUACCAAUAAUUGCAACCCAGGACUGCUCUUGAGUUUGACUGCCUCAUUCCAUCUGGAAUCCCAUUGUUUGUUUUGGCACCAGGAAGUUCAGUUCUGUGGCAGCAACUCCUACCACCAGCUCCAGGCUGCAGACAACAAUAACCCUCGCUGGCCUUAAGUGCAUACUGACUGCAGGGUGGGUUCUCUGGACCUUCAGACAGUAAAGGUAGUGGGUUCUCUGGGCUCACAUAGUAAAUUCAUCUAACAUUCUGUUGUGGACUGAAUUGUGUCUUCAAGUUCAUGUGUUAAAGCCCAAACUUCCAGUGUAGUUUUUGGAGAUGGGGCCUUUGGAUGAGGUGAUUAAGUUCAGAUGAGAUCACAAGGAUGGGGUCCCCACGGUGGGAUUAGUGGCCUUAUAGGAAGAGAUCAGAACUCUGCCAGGUGGGGACAGGAUGAGAAGGUCUGCAAGACAGAAGAAGAGGCCUCAGCAGGACCCAACUGUGUAGCAAUGUGAUCUCAGCCUUUAGCUUCCAGAACUGUGGGAAGUAAAUUCCUAUUGUCUAGGCUCGGCCAGUCUAUGGCAGCCGGGGCUGAGUAAGACACCUUCCUCCCAAAAGCUUCUGGAUUCCUUCCUUGUUACUAUGCCUUUCUAAACUUUCCACUCCGUUUACUUUAGGCUGUCUUCAUGGCCAAAUUUUAAGGAGCCAUUUCAGCAAAUAAUUAAGACUGGUCCCAGGUCUCCUUGCUGGAAGGUAGAAUCCUAAGUCAUGGGGGGUGUCAUGUCAAGAGUUCCUCCUAUCCAGCCUUAUAGUUACCCCCUCCCUGAUGAUCUCAACCCAGGUGGUUGGCUCCAAUUGUUGAUGGCACAUUGUUGUGGGUUGAAUUAUGUCACUGAAAGAUAUAUUCUGUCCUAGUACAGGACCUUGAUUGUAACUUAGGUUGGAGAUAAGGUCUUUGUGGAUAUAAUUGAGGUUUCAGUAAGAUGAAGUUAUACUGGAGUAGGAAGAGACUUAAUCCAUUAAGACUGAUAUCCCUCUGAGAAGAGAAAAUAUGAAGAUGCAGACACGUGGGCAAUCAUGUGACAAUGGAAUGAGUUUGAGUGAUGUGUCUACCAGCCAUAGAAUGACAGUGAUUGCCAGCCAGUCCAGAAACUAAGAGGAUGACCAGAACAGAUUGUUUCCUCAAUCCUUCAUAGGGCAUGACCCUGUUGACACCUUGAUUUCAGACCUCUGGCCUCCAGAACGGUGGGAGAAUACAUUUCCAUUGUUGCAAGCUCCCUGGUUUGUGGUACUUUGCCCCUAGAGAGGUAAAGGUUCCACAGUUCUUUUUUUUUUUUUUUUUUU